CUUUAAGAGCUCGUGGAGACAAAACGCGUUUACAUUCCGGCUAAAUAAUUUGAAAAUGAGCGGGAAGUGACUUUGAAUGACAUCACACGUCCAUUGAUGUGAUGCGUAGAUGUAACCAUUUUAAUGUUCAUUUAUUUAUUCGUGUUGUUACUCUCGUGGUGCUUUAUAGCGGUCGUCUCGAGAGGAUGGCAGCCGGCGACCAGGACGGCUUGUGUUAUGGUUUUAAUCUCAUUUAAAGUAAGAAAUGACUGAUACACUCUGCAAUGCCUCUGCCAGAGGAGACCUACACCAGGUGUUGCUUUUGUUGCAAAAUGGAGCCGAUGUUAAUGGAUUAAAUACAAGCAAUAGGACUGCACUGCAGGUGGUGAAUUUUGGGAACGUCAAGGUGGUCGAGGCUCUCCUCGAGGCGGGGGCAGACACCAGCGUGCGCGACCCGGUCUUGAAUCUCACCGUGAUGCACGACGCCGCACGCGCGGGAUAUAUAGAUUCUGUACGUAUGCUGAUGGACCACGGGGCAGAUAUCAACCUCACGGAUGAUGUUGGGAACCUGCCGCUGCACCUGGCUGCCAUGGAGGGCAACCUGGAGGCGACCCAGCUGCUGAUCGAACGCACCGCGAACCCCCAGACCCCCAACGGGCAGGGACACACCGCCGGGCAGCUCGCGCACCAACACGGGAGGGUGGACACGGCCAAAUACAUCGACGACUAUUUGAGCUCACACUGAAAGACGACGAGGACGCAGAUGGAAUCCUCUUAAUGCUUCUGCUCGUGCCUACUUUAACAUUUGAUUCUAUAUUUGCUUAAAAAUCCUUCGUUUGUCAUAUUUCUGCUAUGGCUUUAAAACAAAUCAGCUGCGAAUGGAGAAAGUGAACGAAUGUUUAAACAUUUAACGCAGCUGCUUGGAGACAAAGGGUGUAAGUAAUGCUAAUUUGGGAUACUAAAAUAAAAAAAGUUCAAUAAUAUUCAUAAUAAUGUUUGGUUAUAAUAGUUUUUUGCUGUAUUCUCAUGAAGCUAUUUUGUCACAGGAAGUUUCACUACUAAAGUUUUACUACGGAUCCAUGUUUUAUAUAAAGACCAUAUAUAAAUCCAUUUAUCUGAAAUGAGAGUGACUGCCUAUCAACAUAAAGCAUAAUAUCCACUGACCUGUGCAAUCUAAUGAACUAUAAUAGCACUUGUCUGUCUUUGUGACACUUAUAAUGUAUGUUACUGGAACUGGAAAUGUGUAUCACCCCUGUGGAACAUCAUGAGAAGAACUAAAUGUUAUUAGUCUGCUGGUAGAUUAAUGUGAAUGUAAAAAAUAUUGCCAAAGCAUAUGCAAUAUGACAUAAUAAAA